GGCAAUACUGAACAUGACAACGAAUUGUAAUGUUAAUUUCGCAUUUACUCUUUUCUAGCGCCCGCCCGCCGCCUGCGCGCUCGUGAUUGGUUGCGGCCGCUGUCACGUGAUAGGGCCCGUAGUGCUAUCCCAUUAGAAUGUCAAGACCUCGUCACAAUGCAAUAAAUUUCACCGGCACAGAGAUGCAGAAAACGUUCUACGAGCAGGCCGACGUCUACACGGGCUACUAUAGCAACACGUCGCUGAAUGGAUACGGAUACGACCCGCAGCAGCUCUCCGGAUAUGGCGAUUAUUCGAAUCCGCAGAUGGAAACGCAGACGGCGCGAUGGCCGUCGUGUUAUAUGGAUGCGAACAGCCUCGGUGCUCCGCAGGACAUGACGGCGGCAGCGUCCCCGCAGGACUACAGCGGCUCGUGCAUGCGGGCGGGGGUCGUAGCUAACACGGCAUGCCACUACCCGGGCUCUCCUGUCCAGCAGAGCCCACCGUUUCUAGCCGAGCCUUGCAAGGAGAUCUAUCCGUGGAUGAAGGAGUCACGGCAGAACUCGAAACAGCGCCAACAGCUGACGCACAUCACAG